AUGCUGUCGAGCGUAAAGAACGUUAUUUGCGGUGCGCACAUCGCCCCUGCGCACGAUGGGAAAAGUAGUGUAGACGUGGAUGCGGAGACAGGAGACGUUGUUCUCUGCGACGGGCUGGCGGGUGUGUCACGGUUUCACUUUGACAGUGUGACGUACCACCCCUUCCACACCAUGGCGUACGAGUCCGUGCUGGCGCGGCGUGUGGCGGAGAACUUUGGCGGUGGAUGCCCAUACGCCUGCGACACCCCUCCGUGUGCGACGCACGGAGUAUUCAUCCACGGGUCGCUCCGCAUCCACUCAGUGGAUUUGUUCCACGCGUUGGUGCUCUCGGCAGUCGGCCACGCCCUCGACGUGCUUGCGGAGACGAGUGUCGGUGACGUGCAGCUGCACUACAGCAUGUUCCGUCUGUACUCGUGGGGCGUCACGGACACCCUGAACCAGCAGGUUGUGGCACACCGCCACGUUGGCGUCUACACGCACGACACGGACGAAUGCUGCCGCCCACAGCUGCAGCAAAAUGUCGUGAAGAGUCGCGAGGAUGCUGCUCUUGAUGCUUUACUGCGACGAGCUUGUGCGGUUCCUGAAGGUCAUUCUUCCAUUAUCUUUAGUCUUGUUGCCAAAUCGGCCAAUGCGUCCGUGUCCGGCGUACUCACUAUUGCCCUGUUGCCGCAGCUCAGUCAAGGAAACCGGUUCUUCCAGGGGGGCAUGCAACUAUUAAGAGAACUUAUCGCAGGACACCCCGUGCCACACGACAGACCCUGCUGGUUACUCCAACACCUCUUCCCAUCGAAGGAAAUACGCAGUCUGGCGAUGAUCACCUGCAUAACUGACGACCGCCGCUUUUAUCAGGAAAACCAUUACAACUGCAUGUACGGUUGUUGUCCGUUGGUGAAUGGUUCCGGUUCUGGAGGUUGUCUUCGUGUUUGUGAGGGAUCUUUUAAUAUAUUGAAUUUUAGGUCAUCUUUGCCUCAAUUUCAACCUUCCGGGUACCGCCAUCCCGUAAAAUCUAUUAUUUUACCCGGAACUGGGCUUGUUGAGUCUUGUGAGAAGAAACGAGGGCGCAUCAGCAGGUCGACGAGUGCUAUUCCCGUGACUGUAGGUGAUGUAGGCGCCACUCAACUUCCCAGCUCUUCUUCAGCAGAGACGGACGCUGCGAAGCGCCUGGAGGCGGAGCUGGAGGAACGCACGAACGACCUCCAGGAUCAUGUGGCAUCGGUGGUGAAGGGGGAAGUGGCGGCGAGGCAGGUUGUUUCAGAGUUGGUGUCGCAGGCUGAUACUGUGCGGUCGGAGAUUGUGUCGGGGGAACGGUAUCUAGUUGAACUGGAGGGGAGAGUGCGUGACGCAAAGAGUCGUGAGGAAGAGCUUCAGCAGCAUGUGAAGUCGCUCGAGGUGGAGGUGGAGGAUCUUUCCGAGGCGAAGUUAAUUGUUGAGUCGAUGAUGCGGGCUCUGAUGCAGGAAUUUGAAAGUGCUGUUGUGAGUGCCGAGAGCGCAGAGGAUACGAUGUUGCGUCAUGUGGAUCGUGCGGAGGAGGUUUUGCGUCUUUCUGAGGCGGACGCGGCGUCACGCGAGGCUGCGGCGAUGGAGAGGAUUCACGGAAUGAUUGAUUCGUAUCAUUUGAUGACCCCUGACGAUGUGUUUCCGUUGUCGUAUGAGAGUGUUGUGUCUGCUGUGGCGGAUCUGUUUGACCAGUUUGUUAGAAUGAAGUUGGAGCUGCUUUUAGAGUCCUUGAAGUUGUGGGUGUGCCGUAUGAGGGCUGAAUUUUGCAUGGAUGCGUUGUAG